UCCCUGUUCUUUUUUUGACAUUUGCGGUACAACGUAAAUAUAAGUUAGUAGUUUAAAUCGUAUUUGCUAAUCAAAUAUUAGUGCACUUGUGUGAUAAUACAGCCUGAGAGCCGCCGCAGCGAGUGCAAGUGUGUUGUGUGUUUAACGCCGAAAAAAACGCUUUUAAUUCGAGCCUCAAAUGGUGACCAUGGAGAAUAGCGAGGAGAUCCUACAGAUUUUGGAGCGUUUCACGCGUCUGAAGCAAAAGGAGAUACCCAAAGAGCUGGAGGACUAUUUGCUCUUUGUGGCUAAGACCGGCGACACCAUCUUCAAAUGGUCCAGCGUCAAGUAUUUGUUUCGCGAAAAGUUGCUCAGUGUUAUUAAGCACUUCAACGAGGACUCCCAGCGUCUCGAAGAAAUCCCCAACUAUCCCAAUGUUGAUCCAUUUAACUAUGAAACCAUGAAGUCUGCUCUACUCGAGCGUCUCGAUAUGUUCAACGCGGCACCCUUUACUGUGCAGCGUCUCUGCGAGUUGCUCAUCGAUCCGCGCAAGCAAUACUCACGCAUUGACAAGUUUAUGCGCGCUCUCGAGAAGAAUAUUCUGGUAGUAAGUACCAUUGACCCGGGACGCAAGCGCACGGAGAGCGAGAAUGGCGACUCUUUGGACUCGGUGGGUAAUGGUGAUCUUUCGCUGGAGGUGAACAUUGACAUUGAAAUGGAGAAUGAGAACAUGUUCAAUGGUGAUGAGCGCAACGGCAAUGGCACUAGCCAUGGUAACGGUAACCCCAACUCGCCGGAGAGCAGCGGCGGCACACUUAAAGCGAGCUGCCCACGCUCCGAAGAUGCAGGCUUGCUGCCCAAGGCCAAAAAGGUUAAGUUAGACUACAGUCCUGAUGAAGAAGAUUCCAUCGAGUUUAAGUCCAGCAAGGAGCGAAGGAUGGCUGCAGAGGCUGAAGCAAAUGAAGCGGCGGAGAACCAAAAGAUUGAUGAAACUGAUGCUGAAGCAGAACCAGCCGAGACUGCUGACGCCGAAUUGGCCGAGAGAGAGCCACAAAAGGACAAGCAGGAUAAAAGCGACGAGCUUAAAGCAGAUGCUCCAGCGGCUGAUGCUACUGCUGCUGCAACUGAAACUAAAGAGGAUGAUGCUUCUGCCACUGUUGCCAAGCCUGCUGAUCAGAAGGAUAAGGCAGCUGAGGAGGAAACUAAGGCUGAAAAGAAUGUUGCUGCUGACAGUGCAGAUAAAGAGAAGUCCACUGAAGUAGGGGAUGCAAAGCAGAAGAAAAACGUGGAAAAGCAAGAUGUUGAAAAAGCUGAGAAGAAGGAAGCCAAGCCAUCGACAGAGAAACCAGCAGAGAAAGAGAAGGCAGUAGAGACUGAAGAUAAAAAAGAGCUGGCAGCUGCUGAGCCAGCAAAGCAGCCAGUAGUUGAGAAACCAGAGGAGACUGACAAGCCUGAUCCAAAGCCCGAGGCUGAAAAACCGGCAGAUGAAACUCCCGCCGCUGAAGCCGAGAAGCCAGUGGAGAAAAAAAAAGAGUCUGAAGAUCUGCAAGCCAAAGAGGAAAGCAGUGAAAACAAAACUGAAAAGACUGAAACCAAACCGGCUGAGGAGCCUGUUGCUGCAGCAGAGCCCGCUUCUGAAGCUGCCGCCGCCGAUGUUGCCAAGGAAUUAAAAGAGGCAAAAACUAAAGCUGAAGAGGCAGACGAACCAGCCAAGGUAGCUGAGGCUGCUGACAAAGAAGCAUCACUUGCAGUUGACACGGAUGAGCCGAAAGCUGAAGCAGCAGUUGUAGAUAAACCCACUGAUAAACCCAGCGUUGCUGUAAGUGGUACUCCUGUUCUCUCGCUUAAUGAUCAGCCCAUGGAGGAUACACCCGAUGAGGAGGAGAAGGAGGAGGAGAAUGAAAAGAAGAAACCGGAGGAGGUUGCUACCACAGCCGUUGAGGAGGUGGUUAUGGCUGACAAUGCCUCUGUCACUGCUGCUGCCGGCGAAAUGGCCACCGAUGAGGUGCCUAAAGAUGAGCCCGCCGCCAUGGAGGUGGACGACACCAGCCAGGAGGUAAUGGACCAGUGAACACCCACCAGACCCCUAUCCAAGCAAACGCUACUCAACUCAAUUUGAAACUCCAUGCAAUUCCAGCAUGCUGAGCAGCAGCAACUAACACACACAUAUAAUAAAUAUACUUUAUAGGAUACUUAUGUCUAGACUAUAGCCGACAUACAUUUUGUAAUCCGAAAACGGUGGCAACUCGUGAGCCCAUUUCCAGCGCAAUUAGUUUUAAGUCCCCCCCUCAUAGCAGAUCCCAACAAAGGUCAUGUUUACGAUUAUGUUUUAAGCUGAAGAUUUUAAGUCUCCAUUAUAUUAUUUAAAUACAGAGCAGCAGCACAAGUUUAGUGAACUAAGCCCAAGCUCCAAGCUCAUGAAUGUGACUUGUGACUCGUCCUCUCGUCUCAUUCGAAUUUCCAUUUAUGUAUUGUUUUUAUUAUAGUCUUGAACCCGCACAUAAACUACAUACAUAUUAUUUAAAGUUUUAUUUUCCAUAAUAUUUAAAGUAACAUAAACUAUCUAUGCGAAUAAAAACGAAAUUGAAAUUAACGCACUUGUCCAUCAUAUCAACGCAUAUAUUUGAAAAAAAAAAA